UUGACUAAAAUAAUACAAACGACGCCCUAAAAUUUUGGAAUCUCGGUGAUCACUGAUCAUCCUCCCAAAUAGGAAUAGCGUCAUCCUCGAUUUGGAAUUUGGGAUUUGGGGUUUGGGAAUUGGGAUUGGUCUCCUUCUCGUUGACGCCCGGAUUCCCUCUCCGCCUCCUAGUUCGUCGGAAGGCGGCGCCGAUGAAACCGUCGAAGAAGAACGCCAAGAGGAGGCGCAAGGCCUCCAAGUCCUCUGCCGCUGCUCCUGCUGCACCUGAUCCUUCUGAAUCCAUGGAGGAAAACCCUUGUGGAGGAGAAAGGAGCCCUAGAUCGGAUCUCCGAGACCUUUGCUUCUGUGUCUCUGGACCGGAUCACUGUGGCUUGUGAGACUGGGGGUGAGUCCUGUAAGGCAGCUGAGAUUCUUGGAGCGCAGCUUCAGAAUGCUGGAGGAGAUAGGGUUGUUCAGAAGAAAGGGGUUGGUCCACGGAGGCGGAGUAGGGUUGUGGCUGCGAGUGGGAUGGUGUCGGAUGUGAUUGGGAAGAGUUAUUCGAAGCAUCUGGGUAAUUGCUGUGAAGGGAGGAAGGACGUGGUGGAUAAGAAGGUGUAUAGGGUUGAGGAGGCUGAGCAGUUCCUGUGCUCCAUGCUUGGAUGGGACGACCAGCUUGGCAUGGGCGUGGUGAAGGAUGUUUUAGGUCAAUGUGGAUAUGAUGUUGAAAAGGCUUUGGAUGCAUUGAUUGACAUAUCAGCUCCUUCUUGCAGCCAAUUCAAUGAGAAUCUCCUGCAUCCGUCACAGUUUACGGAUAAGACUUCAGACUCAAUCUAUCAUCCAUCUGAAAAAGAAUAUGAAUUCCUACAGUCUGUAGGGUAUGUUUGCAGAGAUUACACUAGUGUUUUUACUGGUUCUAAAGAACAACCCUUGCCUGGAUCAAUAGAAAAAACAGAUAUGCAACAGAAGAUCUUGGAAUCUUUGUUCAGUAUUCCUGAUAGUCAGAAACAUGAUCCCAAGUGCAUGGACUGGAAGAAUGUGGUGAAGAAAGUGGAGUCAUUCGGAAAAGGGUUGGAAUUCUGUUGUGCUGGUGGCAAGCAAUCACCACCUGAUGCAAAAAAGGAUCAUGUAGGUAACAAGGAGGCUUAUCAAGUUUUUCGCAGUCCCGCACAGGUGCACUAUGAUACGAUGAAAACUUACUAUCAGAAAGCUGCAGCGGCAUAUGCAGGUGGACAAUGGGCUCAUGCUGCUCAUCUUUCAGAACAAGGUAAACACCACAGUUUAUUGGCCCGUGAAGCAGACGAGAGAGCAAGCCGAGACAUUUUUCACUCCAGGAACAAAGAUAUAAAAAAUGCAGUCACCAUUGAUUUACAUGGUCAACAUGUCAAAAACGCGAUUGGACUUCUAAAGCUUCACCUUCUGCUGUUUGCCUAUAUUCCUUCUAUACAUUUUCUUAAGGUUAUUACUGGAUGUGGAGCUGAUGGUGUCGGCAAAGGAAAAAUUAAGCGAUCGGUGAUCAACCUUGUGGAAAAGGAAGAAAUUCAAUGGAGUGAAGAGAACUCAGGAACACUGCUCCUCUGCAUUGAUGGAAGAACAGAAUACAAAUUCCAGGAAUGCGACAGCGAUACCGACUGAACGUCGUUGGUCGGUUCAUUCCAUGCACCAAACUGAUGUUGUACAGUAGAACACGAGCUACUGACUUCAUGGCUGCAAUGCCCAUAGUUCAUGUUGUUUCUCAAGGAGUGGUAGUAAGUUAUGUCCAUGUUGUAGAAAGAACAAGUCUUGUUGUUCAAUUCAACCUGGUCUCAAAUGCCCCACCAAAGGUGUCUAAUAUGAUACUUGGGGAUCAUGAUCAUUGGAUUGAAGUCUGUACUCUCUUGUACGAUGCUAACAGAAAUUAUGUUUUAACAUAAAUAUUUUGUGGUCCAAGUAAAAAUGUUUUAAAAGACUAGGCAACUUCUUCUCAC